AAAAAAUUUGGUCCGAAAUGUUCGUGGUCCGAACAGACCAUAUCUAAUGCGACGACGGUGAUGCACCUAAAUCCGCGGCAUUUGUACGUUGAUUCGCGAGAUAAAUUGUGAACAUGCAAUUUAAACAGACAGUUGAAGAGGCAACUGAGAAAGCUGUGGAAGUAUCAGAAGAUGAAGUUGAGGCAACUGUAGAAAUCAAACAGAAGAUGAAUUCAGCUGUUAAGAGGAAGAGGUCUAGUCCAAAAGUCAAGUCUGCAGAAAACCAGACAACGGUUGCUAUGGAAACUAAAGUACAUGAAGGGGAGGAGAUUGAGGGUAUAGGUGAUGAUGAUGUUAUAGCCCCAUUGGUUAAAAGAAAACCCAGACAAAAAUACAGGACAUAUCCACAGUCUGCUCUCAAAGAUGCCUUAAGAAGUGUAAGAGAGGAUAAAAUUUCAGUUCUUAAAGCUUCCAAAAUGUUUGGCGUACCUGAAAAUACUUUAAGAGACAGGGUUUUGGGAAAAGUUGAUCCAGAGAAUGUAACAAUUGGGAGUAGUCCCUUAUUUGACCAGCCAGAGGAAGCUGAAAUUGUAAAGCAUUUUAAAACAAUGGCUGAUAUAGGUUAUUGUUUUACUCAGAAAGAAAUUGUUGAUGUUGUAAGUCAGUAUGCCAUUCAGCUAGGAAAAAGAACCAAAGACCAAAAUCUGUCAGCAAAAUGGAUGUUUGGUUUCAUUUCAAGAUGGCCAGAAAUGCGUGAGAUUAAAGCUAGGACUUUUAACUUUGUAAGUGUUGAUAUGCCCAAUAAAAGCGUGGUUAUGUCAUUCUUUGAUAAUCUAGACAAGUGCCUAAGAAAACAUGACCUCUUAGAUGAACCCCAUUUGAUUUAUAAUGUGGAUGAGAAAUGCAUGUCAAUAGGCCAUAAACCACCCUACACAUUAACUCGUGUUGAGGACCCAGCACAAAUUGAUGGGCCUGGAAAAGGUAAUUUUGUGACAAUCAUUGGGGCUGGUAGUGCAGUUGGAGCAUUCGUUCCACCAUACUUAGUAUUCCCUGGUAAAAGAUUUGUGGCAGACAACUAUCUAAAUGGAGCAUAUCCUAGCACCAGCGGGACUGUAUCAGAUAAUGGACUGGCAGAUAAUGAAGCUUUUCAUAAAUACCUUACAGAGCAUUUUAUACGGUUUGUACCUGGCCGAGGUAAAUUGGUAUUCUUAUUGCUGGAUUGUCACAGAUGCCAUACUGCACUCAUUCUUCAUGACUGGGCUGUGGAGAACAAUAUUGUAAUGUUUGUUCUUCCAGCUGGCACAAGUCGACUUUUACAUCCUAUAGACGUUGCUUGUUAUGGCCCUUUUCAACAGAAUUUUUAUGCCCAGUGCUGUAAGAAUAUUCCUCAGAAAUACUCUACUUUCACAAAACAUAAUAUUUGUAGCAUGGCCUGUACAGUUUAUUCAAAAACUUUUAGUUCAAAAAACCUGCUGUCUGGGUUUUCAAAGACUGGUGUAUACCCUCUUGAUAGAAAUGCAAUACCAAAACAUUGCAUGUUAAUACCACCCAAUGUAAAUGAGCCUGAAAACAUAUCCUGUAAACAACACAAUGAAUCGCCAGUGGAAAAUAAUAAUGCUUUUGAUGAUGAGCUAGAGACAUGUUCUCAUACAAGGAAAGGACUUGAUUCAAGUGAAAUAGGAAAAACAUGCAAAAAAUUAAAGCAAACACUCGGUAUAGGUAAUAUAAAUGCUGCUGCAACUCGGGGAAAUGUCAUAAAUACUGAAGCACAAUGGAAAAAUAUUAUGAAAGAGGUUGGAUGGAAGGAUAAUUUCAUGAAUAAUAACAUAAUGAAUCUUCAUGAGACGUGUCCUGGAGCAAGAGAGGAAAUUAUCAUGCAAGUAGAAGCAGUGACUGGUAUGUAUGAUGAAGCAGCAAAUGGUGUCAUGAAUGAUGUAGCAAAAAGUGAUGUCAUGAAUAAUGAAGCAGAAAGUGAUAAUGUUAUGAAUGAUGUAGCAGAAAGAGAUAAUUUCAUGAAUAAUGUACCAGAAAGAGAUAAUGUCAUGAAUAAUGUACCUGAAAGUGAUAAUGUCAUGAAUAAUGUAGCAGUGAGUGAUAAUGUCAUGAAUAAUGAAGCAGUAAGUGAUAACAUCAUGAAUAAUGUACCAGAAAGAGAUAAUGUCAUGAAUACAUGGAAUAAUGCAGCAUUAAGUGAUAAUGUCAUAAUUGCUGCAAAACAACAUACAAACAGUCUGAAUAAAGCUCUUAAGUUAUUGAGAAAAAAGACAGCCAGUGAGUCAGAGGUGAUAGAUAAAUCUCAGAAGCCAACAAAUUCUGGUUCUUUUCUAAGUACAUCACCCAUGAAUACUGUUGUAAUUUCAACUGAUACAGGUGAAUCUGAAGACGAUUCUGAAACAUGCUGUGUUUGUGGUCUCUUCCAGCCAAAAGAGGUAGCAAAUUGUACCUCUCUUAUAUUUGUAAAGUGGGCGAAAUGUGACGGAAUAAAAAAUGGACAACCGUGUAAUCACUGGACUCAUUUAAAGUACUGUUCACCUGUGAAGGUUUUAAGGAGAAAUGAUAAAUUUUUCUGCUGUCAUUGUUAAAGAAUAAAUUGUUGAUAGAUUUUUGUUGUUUCAACUUUUUACAGCAUUGUUUCGCGUGAAUAAAUAUUAAUUACAUCUAAUUUGGCUUAAUUACAUGUAACACACUAGUCUUGUAACCUUCCACAGAAUGACUUGUAUAAUAUUUUAAUAUAUUGUUUAAAGUGUUUUGCUUUUGUUUUUUUAAUAAUAUGUUUUAACACAAUUUGAAAUAUUUCUGUCAUGACAUAACCUGCCCUAUGAUAAAACAAAGUUGCUUUAA